GCCGAGGGGAAGGGGAAGCGGCGGAUGCUCCGUGCCGGUUCCGACCGGGACCGGCGGCUCCUACCGGCACCGGAGCCAUGUCCCGGCGGCGCUGAGCCUCGUCGUCGCCGCCGCCCCCUGUCACCACCAUGGGGAGCAUCUACAAGGAGUACUUCAACCGCGACAAGAUCCGCGAGCACUACAACUUCACCAAGGGCGACGGCGAGGGCGCGGCGCCCUCGCGCUGGGUGGGCUCCGUCCUCAUCGUGGUCCUGUGCUGCGUCAUCGUCCUGGAGAACCUGCUGGUGCUGGUGUCCAUCUGCCGCAACAAGCGCCUGCACCUGGCCAUGUACAUCUUCAUCGGCAACCUGGCCGCCUCGGACCUGCUGGCCGGCACGGCCUUCAUGGUCAACACGCUGCUGUCGGGCAGCACCACCUUCAGCCUGACGCCCGUGCAGUGGUUCGUGCGCGAGGGCACGGCCUUCGCCACGCUGGCGGCCUCGGUGUUCAGCCUGCUGGCCAUCGCCAUCGAGCGGCACGUGGCCAUCACCAAGGUGAAGGUGUACAGCAGCGACAAGAACUGCCGCAUGGUGCUGCUGAUCGGCGCCUGCUGGGUGAUCGCCGGCGCCAUCGGCAGCCUGCCCAUCAUGGGCUGGAACUGCAUCAGCGACCUGGGCGACUGCUCCACCGUGCUGCCGCUCUACUCCAAGCGCUACGUGCUCUUCGUCACCACCAUCUUCACGCUCAUCCUCAUGGCCAUCGUGGGGCUCUACACGCGCAUCUACUGCAUCGUGCGCUCCAGCCACGCCGAGAUCGCCUCGGCGCAGACUCUGGCCUUGCUCAAGACCGUCACCAUCGUGCUGGGCGCCUUCAUCGUCUGCUGGCUGCCCGCCUUCAUCAUCCUCCUGAUGGACGCCUCGUGCCCCGUGCGCGCCUGCCGGGUGCUCUACAGCGCCAAUUACUUCUUCGCCUUCGCCACGCUCAACUCGGCGGCCAACCCGGUGAUCUACAUGCUGCGCAGCAAGGACAUGCGCGGCGAGUUCCUGCGCGUGCUCUGCUGCCGCCGCCCGCAGCCCCCCGGCCGGGCGGGGGUCCCGCUGCGCACGUCCAGCUCGCUGGACAGGGGCCCGGCCGGCCCCGCGGCCGAGCUGCCCACGGCGCCGCUGACCCGCGAGUGCACCACCUCCGUGUGAGGGUCUGGGGGUGAUGCUCGGGUGGUUGGGGGGGGGUUUUGUGGGCAAGGGGGGCCGGUGGGGGGUCAGGGGACACGGCGUGGAUGGCCCGUGGACACCCCAUGGACAUCCUGUGGACACCCUAUGGCCUCAAGACCACCCCGUGGAUACUCCAUAGGUACCCCAAGGCCACUCUGUGGACACCCCAUGGACAUCCUGUGGACACCCUAUGGCCUCAAGACCACCCCGUGGAUACUCCAUGGGUACCCCAAGGCCACUCUGUGGACACCCCAUGGACGUCCUGUGGACAGCCCACGGCCUCAAGACCACCCUGUAGAUACUCCAUGGACACCCCACGGCCUUGUGGACACCCCAGGGCCACUCUGGGGACACCCCACGGCCCCAAGGCCACCCUGUGGAUACUCCAUGGAUACCCCAAGGCCAUCUCAUGGCCGCAAGGCCACCCCAUGGACACUCCACGGCCUCGUGGACACCCCAGGGCCACUCUGGUGACACCCUGGUGACAUCCCAAGGCCACCUCAUGGCCCCAAGGCCACCUUGGGGACACCCCAUGGCUCCAUGGACGUCCCAUGGACAUCCUGUGGACACCCCACGGCCUCGGGGACACCCCAAGGCCAGCCUGGUGACACCCCAUGGUCACCCUAGGGACAUCCCAAGGGCACCCCAAGGCCCUACGGCCACCCUGGGGACACCCUGGUGACACCCCACGGCCACCCCACGGUACGAGCGGGGCGGUUCCCCCGCGGUUCCCCGGUACGGACGCGCUCCUGGCCCCGCCGGGGCUGUCCCCGUGUUGUCCCCGUUGUCCCCGCGGCGCUCCGUGUGCCCGGACACGCGCGGGGCCCUUCCCACGCCCUGCCCGCGCCCCGGGGCCACGGCCGGACCUGUCGGGCGAGUCCCGGGGCCCCUCCCGGCCCGUGGGCGGCUCCCGGCGCCGGGACAAACCCGGGAUAAACCGGGAUAAACCCGGGAUAACCCCGGGGGGCUCUGGGGACCCCCACCCUCCGGGCUCUCCCCCCGCGCUGGCGCGAGGGGCCGGGGGCUCCUCCCAGAGCGGCCGGACCCGCCGGGAUCGCCCCCGAAACCCCCGGGAUUUGCCCCAAAAUCCUCCCCGCGUUGUAUUAAACAAAUUUUUUUUUUUUCCCAGCUGUUUCCCCAAGUUUUGGUGGCGGUGGUGUGGGGGGGAUUUUUUCCCAGUGGGAAUUUUGGGAAGAUGGGGUUGAGCGUUUCAGGCUCAAGGGGGGGGCAGUAGGAGACCCCUCCCCUGUCCCCAGCGCAGCGCUCUGUCACCUCCCCUGCCCCAAAAACCCCGAUUUGUCCCCAUUUCCUCCCUGGUGGGGGGAAGAGGAAAUGGGGGGGGGGUUUGGUUUCCUGUCCCCCUCCCCCGUGGGUGACCUUUGGGGACAGGGGAUUCCCGGGGGGACACGGGGGUGGCACCGCGGGGGUGGCACCGGGUGACACCCCGGGGUGGCCACGGCCCGGCAAAAGUGACACUGGCUGUCACCCCGCGGUGGCCAGAGGUGACACUGGCUGUCACCCCGCGGUGGCCAGAGGCGACAGCGGCUGUCCCCGCCCUCGGGGACAAGGUGGCAGCAGGUGCCACCCCGGGGUGGCCGCAGCCGGGCAGGGC